GCGACUGCAUCCUUUCAGUCGGCCGGUGAACCCGCGUGCCGUACGGUUGUUGUCUCUUCGUUUUUUCGCACCGCCCGUGCGUUUUCUCUAUCUAUCCUUACGUUUCGCGCUUUCUAUCUUUCUUAUAAGUCUCUUUCUCGGCUUUCGGCUAUAAUCGUUUGGUUUUUUUUUUUUUUUAGAGUGAUCCCUAGAUUCUUCGAAGCUAUAGAUCGCGUGUGACAUUCUGAUCCUCCAUCGUCGUUAUUCUCGUAGAGAAACGCACGCACACGCAUCGUACAUGCGUAAUCUCUUUCUCUUUCUAUCUCUCUUUCUUUCUUUCUAUUGACGCUCUCCGUCCGUGGUUCCUUCGCUCGAAGAUAACAACGAGAGAAGGAAGAAUCCUCCUCGCAGGACCUUUUGGAUUUUUCUUCGACUCGUCGUCAUUCGUCCUCUUUAUUGUACACGGGCGCUACGCCUUUGAGAACUUCUCCUGCAUGAUUUCGUACGACCCGACGUCGUACGUAAGAAACAGGAAGAACGCGUUCGCCAUCGAGGAUGACGUAGCCCGAGGGUUACUUAUCGACGAGUCAGACGUCGAGGAUGCACGUGAGAAUAGUAUCAAGAGCGGACGAAGAGAAGGAAAAAGGAAGGAAGAGAAGGACAUCAGGUCGUUCUAUUGAAGAAACUGCAUUUGCUCGGUUCUUCUCGUCGUGGUUGUCGUUGGAUAUUUUCAACGAGGCAACGACCGAUAAAGACACUGCCAGGGUAACGAACAGCACCAGUCGUGCCCACCUGAGUCGUCCGUUAAGUCGCAUCCGUCGUCAUAACUUUGCGUCUUUCGUUCUUCUUCUCACUUUUCCUCCCAUUCUGUAGACAUCGGAAACGGUUACGGACUCUAGACUUUCCCUGCACUUGUUUCUCUUUCUUCUCUUUUUGCACAGAAUCUGUUCUCUUUCUCUCUCUCUCUCUCUCUCUCUCUCUCUCUCUCUCUCUAUCUCUCUGUCUUUCUCUAUCAAUCUAUCUGUCUCUUUCUCUUUCUCUUUCUCUCUCUUUCCGUUUUACCGGCUUCUACUCUCGCGUACGCGUUGGAAGAUCAAAGAGCUAAGAAGAAGAAGAAGAAGAAGAGAAAAGAGGAAAGAUGUUAGGCGUGAGUCAGCCGAGCAAUCCGCCCUCGAGCUUGCGUCACUCCGCGAGCUUCUCCUGUCUGCAAAGGAGCACCGUCGGCGAGGGCCAUCGUGCUAGAACCUCGACAUUGUUGCAACAGCCGAGCCUGCAGCUUACUAACGGCCACCAUCAUCAUCACCAUCACCACCAUUCUCAGCAUCAUCACCAUCAGUACUCGUCCGGGCAGAGUGGCUCGUCGCUUCAACAGCCGAGUAACAACGGUCAACAGCAACAACAGCAACAACAGCAGCAGCAGCAUCAGCAACAACAACGAGGGGUCGAGGCCGAUGCGAUUCAAGAGAGCAACGAUUACGGUUUCGUAAGGAUCAGGCCUCGUUUGCGAAGCACCAACGCUACGAUCUAUCACGAGGAGGAGGUGGCAGCGGCUAAGAGCGCUUUUAGAGAUCGAGACGCGUCAGCUUUCAGCGAUCGCGAGUGCGAGUCCUCGAGCUUUCGCGAAUUAUUGAAGACGAAGGAUCGAGAGCAAUCGCCAAAGAGCGGAGGCUCCUCAAAGAAUCAGAAUCCGUUGAAGGGUGCCCUGAUAUUGUUCACGUCCACCUCAUCUUGGUGGAAAGCGAGGCAGCGAGAGGAACAGCUGAACGGCGUUGGUGGGUCCUCGAGUUCGGUUACCACCUCGAUCUUGCCUUCGUCCGAGCGAAAGUGGUCGAGCACCUCGAUGGCGUCACCCUCGAACGAGAGAAAGUGGCCGCCCUCGAUGACGUCGCCCACGAUGGGUGAACGGAAGUGGUCCGUCGGUAACAAUGCCUCGUUGACGUCACCGAGCAACGAGAGGAAGUGGACCAGGUCCUCGGUCUCUUCUAGCUCGACGAAUGUCCUCGCUGCCAGCACCGGAGGACAAUCUCAGCCGCAACAACAGGAUAGGAAAUGGCGCUCCCUAGGUGCCCUUCUUAGAGCUCCCACAGUUGGCGGAGGAAGUGGUACUUCCUCGCACGCGAGCGCUUCGCUUCAGAAUUCAUUUUCUCACAACAUGAGCGUCUCGAUGAUCGAGAGCAGCACGGCCGAGCGUUCUAGAGAGGAGCCACGUGGCUCGGCUUGCAAAUCCUCCUCUACGAGAUACCAACAGCCGAGCUCGUACUCGGCUCGCGUAUCCCGAGUCACCAGAGAUAUAUACAGAGAGAACGGCGAGUUCUCGCAGGCUGCCAGGACCAAGGUCAGUCGUAGAUUGUAUCAGGAACCACCUAUCGAGGCUGCCGGCAAUGCGACGUCUACCGAUCGAGAGAUCAUCGAGGAUACCGGGAGACACUCGCUCGCGAGACACCAUCAGUUCAAGGACGAGUGCAGAGCUAGAACGAAUCGCGAGAGCUUUUGUAGAAUCGAUCAGACUACCGAAACUCGUACUACCGGAACCGGCACGACGACUACCUCGUCCUCGACCACCAGAUCGAGCAGGGCUCAGAGUUUCUAUCUCCUGGAUGAUUUUUUGAAGCCGCAACCUCAGCAGAACAAGUGCAUGUUGAAUCUUUACUUAUCCUCCCCGUAUUCGAAGUCGGUCGAAACGAAGAGAGCAUCGCAAGGAAACGUUACCACGAACAUAACACCUCCGAGACGUCACAAUUCGAGUUCGGAUAGUCUCGAAGUUGCUACCAGUCCUUUGCCGCCUCCUGUACCGCCGCCGCCACCACAGCUAAGUGCUAGGGAAAGAGAGAGAGGUGAAAAUUUCAAGGAGAAGGAGGUGUGUCCAUGCAACAUGUGCUGGGCUUCGUUGCAGCAGAGAUCGUUCGCGGAAGAGGUGAGUAGGAGAUCGAAAGAACGCGCGUCUCUCUACGAAGAGAAAGGGAGGAGUCCCGGAACGCUGCACAAAGAUGUCGACGGUGCUGGUACCAAGGUCAGUGGAAAGACGGUCGGAGGUGUCGGCACGGCAACCCUCACCACGCUCUCCUCCAUUAAUAAUACAUCCAACGCCACUCGAAAUAAGAACAAUCCGGUAUCUCACGAGAAAUUACCGUCGUUCUUCAAUACGAAGCCCACGCGGGUGGAUAAAUCGAACGCCAAGAAUGCAAACAAUUCUACCAGCAACAACAUUCACAAUAUGUCGAUGCACGAAUCACACAGUGCCAUCACACACUCUCAUGAAUUUCAUGGCGGCAAAUUCCCUAUGACACCUCAGGAAGCUGUGAAGUAUUAUGGAUAUCGACUUCCGGAUUUCGAGCGCGCAGAAAUUGAAAAAUAUUCCGAGAUUUGGUACUUGGGUUUGUCGGCGAAUAAAAUUCACGGAGAGGAAGGUGCAUCGCAAAACGGCGGUUACGAUGACGAAAACGGUAGCUACAAUAAAGUCCUGCAUGAUCACAUUUCCUACAGAUACGAGAUACUAGAAGUUAUUGGAAAAGGAAGUUUCGGUCAGGUGAUUCGAGCAUUCGAUCAUAAGGCGAGUCAAUACAUCGCGAUCAAGAUCAUCAGAAACAAAAAGAGAUUCCAUCAUCAAGCACUAAUCGAAGUUAGAAUCUUGGAGCAUCUGAAGAAGAAGGAUCUGGAUGCCAACGCGUCGCACAAUGUGAUACACAUGUUAGAAUAUUUUUAUUUCAGGAAUCAUUUAUGCAUCAGUUUCGAAUUAAUGAGUUUGAAUCUGUACGAGCUAAUCAAAAAGAACAAUUACCAAGGAUUCAGUUUAAGUCUGGUACGACGAUUCGCUAACUCUCUGAUUAGCUGUUUGAGAUUGCUCUAUCGAGAAAAUAUCAUACACUGUGAUUUGAAACCGGAGAACGUACUUUUGAAACAACGAGGUAGCAGCUCGAUCAAAGUCAUAGACUUUGGCUCCUCCUGUUAUAGCCAUCAGCGUGUAUAUACGUACAUUCAAUCGAGGUUUUAUAGAAGUCCAGAGGUGAUUCUCGGUCUUCCGUACGGUACGCCGAUCGAUAUGUGGAGCUUGGGUUGUAUUUUGGCCGAACUUUAUACGGGAUAUCCUUUGUUUCCGGGCGAGGAUGAGAUCGAACAACUCGCGUGCAUCAUGGAGGUACUCGGGCUACCUCCAGAACACAUCACCAGUCACGCUUCGCGUCGCAGACUCUUUUUCGAUCAGAAGGGUACUCCACGAUGCGUGACAAACAGCAAGGGCAAAAAGAGAUGGGCUGGCAGCAAAAACUUAACGAUGGUUCUCCGAUGUACCGAUACACAUUUCGUCGACUUCGUUAGCAGAUGCCUCGAGUGGGAUCCGAAGAAGCGCAUGACCCCCGACGAGGCAGUGCGCCACGAGUGGCUGAGCUCUUCUUUCUCUCAUGCGAGCUCCUCGUCGUCGUCGUCGUCGUCGACGAUGACGUCGUCGACGGUGAACGCGAAAAAUGGCAACAACGGUAACAACAGCAACGCUACGGCAGCGGUCGUCGAAACGUCUCAAUCAUCUCACGCGCAAACUGUAACGCGCCUGACGGUCAGCGAAGCGUUGCAGCUACCUUCCAACAUGGAAUACGCUCCGUACAGUCUCCUAGCUCUCUACCUCAAGCACGAUAAACACAUGAAGAGGGUCGGCACGUCGGAAAACUCGAAGAGCGGCGGUGCAGCGACAACGGACAAUUCCAAGAGUAGCAGCAGUCUUGUUGUAAAGAGCAAGUUAAAUGGUAGCGCGAGUAGCCAUGCCUUGGCCAGUAGCGCUCAAACAACGACGUCCAGGCACGCCUCGACCGGUGACAUAGUUUCUAGCUUGGACCCGAAUCUCGACGACUCCGGAACCUUCCUUCCACCGAUAUUGUGAAGUCGGGUUUACGCUAGCCACUUUUAAACGUCCUCCGUUUGAGUUCGUUCUCUGCGUCCUUCCUCUCUUUCUUAGAUCGAACGAUUGAGCGAUUUUUAGCUGGCAAUUUUUCUUAGCUCCCCUCGGCUAAAAGUUUGUGGAUCUAAGAAAGGCAACAUUCUGGGUAGCGUCGUACAUGUGGAAUAGGAGAAAGAAUUGAAGCUUCGAGUAAGAAUGUUACUCAAUAGGGUAGAGGUAGUAUCGUGCAAGAAGUUAAUGAAAGCGAAGGAAACAGGUAAAUUUAAUAAAGAGUUAUUUCAAAAGAGAGCAGAGUAUCAUCGGCGACUCAAACCGAUCAUUAAAGCGCGUUUUCGUCAUCAUCAUAGCGUAUCAUCAAAACAAAGUCAUUAUCAAUCGAUAACGAGUGAAGUUUUUCUUAAGUUCGGAAAGAGUACGCUUUCCAAUUUCCUAAGAGCAAUAUCGGAAAAUUGAUUGUUUCGAUAAAUCGAACGUCGUCGUUGAAAUGUAGGAACGCGUGGUGAGAGCGAGCACAUGGUGUGUGCGCUUAGAAAUGGCUGGCCCGUGUAAACGCGCUUGACGUUCUCGAUGCCAAAAGGGCUUAGAAGAUGUUUGUGUGUGUAUAUAUAUAUAUAUAUGUAUAUAUAUAUAUAUAUAUAUAUAUAUAUAUAUAUAUUUAUAUAUGUAUAUAUAUUAUCGAUAAAAUUCUCAGCCCCUCCCACUUAAUAUCGAACUAGCUACGAGGUCGAGAUCGCACAUCCAAACGUCGUCGUUUGGCUGAUCGUAGCGAAGUACAUGGGAUAUGUCGUUAUUAGAUCAUCGCUUGGAAAUACGAUGGAACCUAAAUUAAAAUGCCGUAACGUCACUCGAGUAUCAAUCAAAUUAUUUUCUCGUUUAAUGGAACAAUCGUGUUCCCUCCAUCCGGAAUAUAUUUAUUUAACGGUAAAGUUCACGCGUCAAUAUAUCAUGAGAUUUCACGCGGUAUAAAUCAUCGAUAUUAAACUGAGAAAUUACUUUGAAAAAUUAUUCCGAAUGAUCGACAUAUUGUUCUCUAAGGAGAGUAACUAUUAAUGGUUCAUCGAUGUGAUCGCGCGAUAUCAUUCAAUAUAAGCAUAACGUCGCGCUAAUCGAUGGUCUAACGAGAUAAUAAUUUUUUCCUUUUAAGCGAUCGCGAGGGCGAGCUUAAAUAUAUUCUACUAUAAUUUAAAGAUAUCGUCCGUGUAGUGUGUCGAAUGGAUUUUUAAUUACUUGUAGUAGGUAACUGUUUAUGGCGAUGAGAAAAUAUAUAAGGAAGAUAAAAAAGGUGGUGUUUGACGUUUCAAAAGAUCGCUCCUUUUUUAUCGUCUGAUUAUUUUUUAUCAUCACGUCGAGAAGAUCUGAGCAAUUUUUCGUAGCUAUCAGCGGCUGCUAAAAAAUCGCUAUCAAUAAUAAUGAGAAUUUGAAAGGAGCAAUCUUAAAGUGAAAAAUAAAAAAGAAAAAAAAAAAUAAAUAAACGAAGCGUGCCCCAGUUUCGCGAGGCCUGUGUAGUAGUCUUAUUGUGAUAUUAAACUACCACUGUCUUAUUUAGAUCUUUGGUAAUAAGAAAUAAUAACGAUCGUUAAUGAUUUCAUUACUAUUAAUCACUAAUAUUUUCUUUAUAAUGAGUAUCGCAAAAACAAGCUUAUUGCUACAAGAUUAUAAUUACAUGAUUAAUGUGUGCAAGAGAGAGAGAGAGAGAGAGAGAGAGAGAGAGGGAGAGAGAGAGAGAGACAGAAAGAGAUGAUUAACAUUGACGAAGAGUUUAAUAUUAUCUUGUAGGAUUGUACAGCUUUUAAUUAAGUCUGCGAUAUAUAUUCCUGAGUAGCACGCGAUUUGCUUGCGUAAUCGAAUACGUAAAAUGCCAAUUUCACUGAAAUUUCCAUAUCAUUUGAAUUUUUCUUUAUCUAUAUCAAUAAUGCUUCUUUUUUUAUUAUUAUUGUUAUUAUUAAUAUUAUUAUUACUAUCAUCAUCACUAUUAUCCUUACUUUUACUACAAUUAAUAUUAAUAUUAUUAUUAUAUUAUUAUAUUAUUAUCAUUAUUGUUCGUACGAUUAUGAUAUUAUCAGUCAUACGUUAACAACGCAAUAUCUUAUGUAAAAAGCGAUAUCACACUUUAUAAGAUUGUACUUUAAUUCACCGAGAUUAUUCAUCGACGUCCAGCGUUUUUUGGAUGUUGGCGCAAAAAUCAAUGAGAUAUCCAGGGAACAGUCGUCUUUAAGAACGCGGAAUGGAUUUAAUGGGAGAUUAUAAUACUUGUCUAACUUUCAUGUCGUUUAGAUGCGUCGAUUUUAACGAAGUUCGUAGAACCACGAAAGAUUGUAUAUCCGAGCUUAAUAUUCAUAGUAGAAUUCGAGAAAGAAUUUGGCCCCCUUCAAUCGAGACUCGAACGAUCGAGGAUUUCAUUCAUUUUUCUUCCGUAUCUUUUUCCUUUUUCUUUUUCGAACUUAUUCGAACUUAUGCUUCGUCCGUCUCGUUCGAUCGUUCACACUUUCAUACGAUUUCAUACGAUUUCAUACGAUUUCAUACGAUUUCAUACGAUUAUAUAGUCGGACCAAUUGUGCUCUUCGGUCCAAUUAAGAGGCUUAUAGAAAAUAAGCUUCGUCAAAUAUCAGCAGCGCUAGAGAACGAUCAUACGACAUUGAUUUCUUCACCUUUAAUUUCUCCCUUUUAUCUUCCUAAAAUCCCUCUCACCCCUCCCCAUUGGCUUCGAAGAAGAUUUAUUAGACGUUAACGAAUGAUCGAUUCGCGUAGUAUCUUUUCACGACUGAUCGUUAGUUUAAUUAAAUUCUCGUGGACCACCAUCUUUCUUAUUCGAGUGUCCAUUGAAAGAAAAGACAAAAAGUAGUAGAUGAGUAAGUGAUCGUAACAAUAAACUCGUACGGUAAAACAUAAAACAACAAAGUACUUGUAACAAGACUGACUGAUUGUAUACAAUUUCAUCACACAAUUAUCACGACGUAAAUCAAUCGUGUUCUUGCAAAUUAGUGUCGUUCUCAUCGCGUAUAUUUAUACAUACAUAUAAAAAUGACAAAACGUUCGCAGAUCUUCUAGGCUCUUACGUCGUGUUUCCUCGGAUCUCCAAUUAGAAAAGGUUCAAGUUUAGCUUAUACCGCGCGUCCUAUCCCCGUGUCGUUAAUUUUUAUCACGAUUGAAGCCAAUUCUUCUUUACUUAAUAAAAUUUCGAAUCUGCGCUACUCGGAAAAUUAGUUUUCAACACGUAUCGUCGUAUAUAUGUCAUUUGAAACAAUCCGCGUUCGUUGCAAAAAUAGAAAAGAAUAAAAAUGAAGUCUUUUUUUAAUAAAUAAAUAAAAAAAAAAAAAAAAAAAAAAAAAAAAGAGAAGAAAAAGAAAAAAAAAGGAAAGAAAAGGAAAAAAAAAGAAAAGAAAUUGCGAAUGUCGAUGGUACAACGGGAAUACAUACAUACAUACGUAUUCGUAAUUCAACAAAAUUACCGGCAUUAUUUAUCGUUGUUGUCUAUUAUAUCACGCCUAAUUACUGUUCCCCUUAUUUUUCUUUAAUAAAUUCUAUCGCAGCGUUCUUCAAUUUGCUGUUCGCGAAAUAUCUAAACGAGGAAAGGGAAAGGGGGGAGAAAAAUGAAGAAAUAAUGAAUAUCUUUUCGCGAGAUGGGUUCGAUGAACUCGAACGAAGAGAGGAGUUUGCAACUUCAAUGUUCUUAGUGACUAGAAAGAAAGAAAUCGAAAAAAAAAAGAACAGAUGAAAAGGAAACCGAGCAUACACAGUAAGGGAGAUAUCAAAUUCUGUAUAAAUAACGUUUUAGUAAUAUGUGUGUAUGCGCGGAUCCUUGAAAAAAGGUACGUAUGAUGUGUGUUGUGUGUGUGUAUGAGAGAGAGAGAGAGAGAGAGAGAAUACAGAAGACCGAAAGAAAGAGAGAGGGAGAGAAAAAGAGUGAAAGAAUGAAUCAUAUUUACGCGUACAUGUAUAUAUAAUAUAUCCAUACAUAUAUAUUAUACACACUUGUGCGCGUAUUACUUUGCAUAUACAUAUUAUAUACAAGUAUGUAUUAAGAGAAAUCACGCAAGCAAAAAACGAGUUAAAUAUUAGUAAUUAACAUAGAAAUAAUAGAAAAUUAAGUAAUAUAACCCCAUAAAAACUCGGGGAUACCCUAAACAAAAGCAAAAAAGGAAAAAGAAGAAGAGGAAGAAGAAAACAAAAAGGAUAAUUGUACAGCCCUAAGUUUUUAGUUGUGUUCAUUAUUAUAUACAGCGGGAUCAAAUUGUAUGUGUAUAGGAGACACUGUUGUAUAAUCUGCGUCGAAGAAACGCAUUCGCGCACAGUCAUAUACGUGUAUCCGUGCGUAGGUCCGAAAAGAAAGAAAGGAAUGAAAAUAAAUUUGAUAAUGGUAUCGAUCCCGAUUUCAUACACGGAAGAAAAAUGCGCGAUGAAAGAGAGAGGGAGAGAGAGAGAUAGAGAGAGAGAGUAAAAUACUUUUAUCGAUCCGCACAAAGAGAAAAAAGAAAAAAAAAAAAAAAAAAACAAGAUUGCGGAUGAAAAAGGGGCGAUUGCUCUCUAGUCCUGAAUUAUUAUGAACGAACGUGAUCCGAGUUGAAAGGGGACGAACAUGAUCUUAGAGACAUAUAUGUCUUAACGAAUGUGUAACAGAAGAAAGAUAGGGAAGAAAAAUUGUCUCUGUGAAAAAGAAUUAAAAAAAAAACCCCCCUCCAGCGUGCGAGCGAGCGUGCGUGCGUGUAAAAGGCUCUAGCGUAUAUCUUCUUAGAAGAAAAAAAAACAAAAAAAAAAAAACAAAAAAAAAAGCAAAAAAAAAAAAAACAGUUUGUAAAACCAAUUAUCGAGUUAACAACGUGGAUAGAUCGUCUUUAAAGUUAGAUAGUAAAACUCUUGUAUGCGUGACGCGUUCUAAGGAGAAUAGGUAAAAAAGAAAGAAAAUGAACUAUCAUCGUCGGGCGAACGAAGGACACGACCACUUCCUACAAACUUCACUCUCCCUUUUUAUCCCUCGAUGCUCUCUCUCGAGUUUCGACAAGCGACAUCAUCAAAAAAGAAAAAGAACAUAAAUAAAUGCGCGACCCGGUCUUUCGAACGUCUUUCAUUUUACUUUGUGUAGUAGGGCAUCGUCGAGAGUAGAAGGACAAUCAUAGGAGGUAGUUGUACGCCAUUUUGAAUUUGCGCGUAUUUAAUGAGGCUUAUUUCAUCUGAAUCUUUUUAGAACGAGCGUCGCGUAGAAUAAUCGAUCCUGACGAGUUGCUCCGUCUUUGAAGAAUGAACGAAACGUUUGUCCCGAUCCUUAAUCGAAGACGAGAUGAACGGAGAGAGAAAACGAAGGAUUGAAGGUCAUUUGUUUCUCUCUCUCUCUCUCUCUCUUUCUCUUUCUCCUCUCCAUCCUUAUAACCAUCAACUUCUUUUUAUCGGGUUGUCCUUCAUCCUCCAUAUUUGCCAAGGAGUCCGUUGAUCAAUCUUCAACCCUUCGUUUUCUUUUUCUCUUUCUCUCUCUUUCUUAUUCGUGUCAGUAAGAAUGUGAACGAAUCGAAAAGAGGAAAAAAGAAAAAGGAAGGAAAAAAGGGAGGGAGGGAGGGAGGUAGAGAGAGAGAGAGAGAGAGCUGCGAGAGACGAUGCACGAUGAUUUGUAAUUUUCGCGUUAAAACGACGGGACGGUCCCUUGUGUUACGCGUAAGACCGUCGUGUAAGUGCGAAUCGUCGUCAAUUUAUGCCUGCAAUUUUAAUUAUAGCAAACAAGAGAGAAUUGCUAACGAUAAACGAUUAUGAUAAUGACAUUAGUAUAAAGAAAAGUAUAUGUAAUGAUACGAUACUGAAGCAUCAUCAUCUUUUGUAUCAUUUGUUCGUUUGUUCUUAUCUUACUGCGUUUGUCUUUCAUUAUUAAUGCAAUACCAAGAUGACUCGGUUUCGACUCGGUAUCUUGUGUGUAAAUAUAUACUAAUAAAGAAAAUUAUAGCGAA